AUGGAAAAGUGUUUACCCACGUAUUCUAGGGUUUAUGGCACUACUGUUUUUAGGUAUAAUGUAGAACCACGUUUUAGAGAAGUUGUAAAUCAUAUUAAGAAUAGUAUUAAUGACAUUAUUGUUAAGAAAGAUAAAGAACAAUUAAAGAAUAAAUGCCUAUAUUUGGCUAGAUAUCUAAUUGUCAAUAAUACUCCUCCACAUUAUUACAUAUCACAAAAAGAAAUAUGGGAAAAGGCAUUAAAUGUAUGGUUAAGUCCUUAUUAUGAAAAGCUAGAUAAACUAGGAGGAUGCCCUUUGAUUAUGGACGAAAAACAUUUAGAAAUUUUAGAAUUAAAAUAUGAAGUAGAUGAUUUCUGUAAAAAGAGAAAUACCGAUCUGACAGAUAUAAAACGGUUUAAGCAAAGACCUCAAUGUGAUGAGAGUUAUUCAAGUAAAUGUGAAGAAUAUAAUAUAUGGAUUAGUGAAAAGGAGAAACAUUUUAAUACAAAGAAGUACCUCAUUGAAACAUGUUACGAUAGAAACCAAACAGAAAAAGAUCCAAAAAAGUUUUGCAACAUAAUGGAUCCUGAAACAUUUAAAAAACAGCCUAAUUGCACGCUUUCGCAUUUAGUAUUAUCUGGUCAAGUCCCAUCUAAAGAAAAAAAUAAAGCUUCUUCAGAAGUAAGUGAAAGUAGAGCUGAAAGUGUAUCUACAACUAAAAAUGCACAACAAGUUGGACAAGAUCUAUCAGAAUCUGAAGCUCAACCUCAAGUUCAAACUCAACCUCCACCCCAACAUGAGGGGCUUAGUACUCCCGGAAGUGGCACUGAAGACGAACCUCAAACUCUAUCCCCAGGAACGUCUCUAUCUGAGGCUUCAUAUGGAAAAUCAGAAAAUAGUAAUGCUCAAGGUGAACAAUCUCUCGAAGAUGAAGAAUCAGGUCCUUAUGGUUUGGUUUCUUUUCCUUCUGCAAGGUUAAAUGUUGCUACAGAUUUUCCUGCGGUUACUGAAUAUUUAAAAAAAAAAAAAAAGAUAAAAAGAAGACAAGCGAAAUUUCUGAAAAUACUAACAUCUUUAUAUUCUUGCGCAAAAAACGAACUUGUAAAACAUGAUAAGAUGGAAUAUCCAUUAUAUGAUGAUGAAGAGAUCACAAAAAAAAUAAAAAUACUUGAACAUAACAAAAAUAAUAAUAUAAACGCAUCAAAGCAAAACAAACGUAGAUACAAAACUAUCAUAGAAGUACAUAUGCAAAUACUCGAAGAAUACAGAAAUGAAGAAUGGGAGUACAUAAAAGGAGAAUUUUUAGAAAUAUGCUUAGAAUUGUUAACAAAAGGGGAACACAAUACAUACCCUUAUUUGACUAAUGACGAACUCAUAAUGGGAAAUACAAAAAGUAUUAAUCAAAAAGAAAAACAAAAAAUAUUAUGGAAUAAAUGGAUAGAAAAACAUCAAAAUCUUGCUGACAAAUUGAAAAAAGAACAUUGGUUUAAUAAUUUAAAAAUUGAUUGGAAAAGAGAACUAGCUAACUUAAAAAAAAGAGAAGAAUUAAAAAAUGAUCCUGAUGAAAUUCAAAAUAUUCCAUUUUCACAAAGAGAAAAAUAUAUAUGGAGACAGUGGAUAUCGGAGAAGUGUAUAAUUAUUAAGCAAUAUAUUGAACAGGACUUAUUUAACUAUUUAACUGAUGAACUCCAGAUUAUACCAGAUGAUUAUGAUAAUGAAAAAAUUAGAGAUUCUUUGCCAUUAAUUAAUAUAGGUGAAUUAUCGAACAAAGAAGACUGCCAAGAAUUAUAUAAAUAUAUAAAAAAAAAAUUAUUAACAAAACUAUGUAUACUCGUUCUUAUGUCAGUAUUAGAAGAAUGCAAAAAAGAGCAGGACAUUGAAAAAAAUGAAUCACAUUUGGAUAAUUACAUAAAUGAAUUUAAGGAAAAAGAAAAUUCAGAUAGUAAAAAAGAAUUUAUAAAAAACUUAAGUGACUUUAACCGAAAUUUUUUGGGAAAUAUGGAAAAUACUGAUUAUACAACAGACGAUAGCUUUAGGAAAAAGUUAGAAAAUUGGAUAAUAGAAGAUAAUACAAAUGCAAAUUCUAUGGGAAAGGAGAAUACUGCAGACAAAUACUACUGA